GAGAUGGUAAACCCUUUGGGAAAGAAGGUGUGAAAACCUGCUUUGGUCUCACUGCCUGUCAGGGAGCCUGUUAAGGCCUGAGAUUGAUGAGACCCCUUGCUUAGGCCGCAAAACACCACCACCCACCUCUUUGGCCCUGGAGGCUCCUGGUCCAGCUCCCAGCCUGGCAGGGUCUCUGCAAGGGGAGCCGUGACAGCUUUGCACGCUGGAAGGAGAGGCAGGUCAUGAGAGAGACCAAGGGCUGAGAUGCUUCCUCUCAGCAACGGGGCCGGGACAGCAGAGGGCAGCCCCACCCCAUGCAAAGAGAGAUGCUAGUGCUGGACUGGAGCCGGUUCGCCCCCUUCCUUGCAUCCUCGGGGAGAUGGAUUCCUUCUGCUUCGCCUGCUUUCAGAAGGAGGAGCUGCAGCCCUUGCAAGUGAACAGUGUGACCAUGAGUGCGGGCUCUAUUGAGCAGGAACCGACACGCAAGCUGGCCUGCUGUGGGGUCCCCCUCAUCACGGAGGACAUGCAGUCACUGGCCAUCCGCACGCUGUCCGGCACGGACAUCAACAAACACUAUGACCUCAUCCGCGAGCUGGGAAAAGGGACCUACGGCAAGGUGGACCUUGUUUCCCACAAGAGCACAGGCACCAAGAUGGCACUGAAGUUUGUCAACAAGAACAAGACGAAGCUGAAGAACUUCCUGAGGGAGUUCAGCAUUACCAAUACACUCUCCUCGAGCCCCUUUAUCAUCAAGGUCUUUGAUGUGGUCUUUGAGACGGAAGACUGUUACGUGUUCGCCCAGGAAUAUGCACCUGGCGGAGACCUCUUUGACAUAAUUCCGCCACAGGUGGGGCUUCCUGAGGACAUGGUGAAGCGCUGUGUACAGCAGCUUGGCCUGGCCUUAGAUUACAUGCACAGCAAAAACUUAGUCCACCGGGACAUCAAGCCAGAAAACGUCCUCCUCUUCGACCGCGACUGCCGGCGUGUCAAGCUAGCCGACUUCGGCAUGACACGCAAAGUGGGGUGCCGGGUGAAGCGCAUCAGCGGGACCAUCCCAUACACGGCGCCUGAGGUGUGCCAGGCCGGCCGGGCCGAGGGCUUCACCGUGGACACCAGCAUUGACGUGUGGGCUUUCGGGGUGCUCAUCUUUUGUGUGCUGACAGGCAACUUUCCCUGGGAGGCAGCCUCGGCCUCGGACACCUUCUUCGAGGAGUUUGUGAGGUGGCAAAAGGGGCGCCUGGCGGGGCUGCCCUCCCAGUGGCGCCGCUUCACGGACAACGCGCUGCGGAUGUUCCAGCGCUUGCUGGCCCUGGACCCGGAGAAGCGCUGCCCCGUGAAGGAGGUCUUCUUCUUCAUCAAGUACGACCUGAUGUCGGAGGUGCGUCGCCGGCCCUCCUACCGCUCCCGCAAGCACACCGGGGACAAGCUCUCUGCCGGCCCUCACCGCCACGAGACGCCCAGCACAUGCACCCCGACCCCCCUCAAGAGGACCAUCCUGACAGAAGGCAGCGUCUCCCGGCUGUCUGCCUCAGAGUCUGGCCUCCCUUCCCCCGGGACGGGAAGCAGGACUGAUGGGCGGCAGGACAAAGGCAAAGGCCAGAUGGUCCUGGCCACAGCCAUCGAGAUCUGCGUCUGACGAGGGCGCGGCAGGCCCCUCGGUGCCUCACGGCCUGCAAUUAAGAUGUCAGCACUGCGAUGCCCUCUCCUGCUCUGGGACAGGCUGCGUGCGAACGGAAUCCAUUUUGGGGACCGGGAUCCAUGUCUUUUGAAGCAAAAAAA